AUGAUGCUGGCUGUUCCUUCAGAGGUGUCGAACCGACGUCCUGAACUCCUCUGCACUGACAGGGACGCCGUAGACCCCUCAGAGGGAAGGAAUCCUGCCUUUUCAUUCCAGACGCAGUGUUGGCAAAGAAGAGAAAAGCUCCUUGGGAACUUAGUUACUGGGUCUCACAGCACAAGCUCUGUGUCCUCAGAGUCGCCGCCAUCAAGGAGGCCUCUCACUGGUCAAUGCUGCGGCCUCUACGUGGACCAGUGUGUGUCCACAGCUCCUCCCCGGUUCCCCAUAGCACAACUGGGAACAUUUAAACAAAACUCUGCAGGAAAGGGAGGGAUACUCAAGGGGAAUUUGCUGCAGAAGGAAGCACCUACCGCUUCUGAAAAUGAACAUCAUAUUCAUUUGUUCACAUUGCUGGUUCUCUUCCAUGUGACAGUGUUGCUGAGGAAUCAUAGCAGGAUACAAGGGGUUUCUGAAGACUGGAAAAAGGCAAACAGCAUAUUGUGGAAGUAG